AUGUUUACAGAAGAAGAGAGGGAUUGUAGAAAGAUCUUGAUUGUUGUUUUGGAUGGACYGAAGGUUUUGCGGGAGGCGGGUGGUGUUUYGCCGCUGCGUUAUGCACUYCUGCAGGUGGUGAAGCCGGAGGAUCAGGUGGUGGUUCUUGUCAUCUUUAAUUCGGGCGAUAUGAUUCAGUCGCCCGUUGUUUCGAGUUGUUGUAUCGGAAGUAGUAGCGAAUGCCGGAAUGAUGAACCAGCUGAAAAAGAAAGAUACAUUAGAAUUCUUAGAGAGGAGAUCAGUCAAGGAACUGAAGCAUAUAUGWGGAUCUUCAGACCAUUCUAUAAAGAAUGCAAAAGCAUUGGAGUCAAGUUCACGGUGAAGAUUAUCGCUGGAUCAACGCUAGACGCGAUUGUUAUGGAAGAAAGAAACAAUUCAGGAGCAACUUCGGUUGUUAUAGGAAGGGGUUUUGCAAUGGAAAAUAGACUAUGGAUAUCUCAAAAAAGAUGGAAAUUAUCGUCACAGAACGAGGAUGAAGAAGUUCUUCUCUACACCUGCAAGCCUCCAGGCGAUGUUUCGGAAUCUUCAGGAGUCGAAAACGCAGUUUUUCAGACCCAAAAAGUUUCAAGAUUCAAGAAGAAAACAUCAUCUUAUAACGAUGAAAAACCCAUAUGCUGCACCCUACCAAAUUUUGAAGGCAUAUACCAACCUUCUUCUAGCUCUUCCAGCAUUGCAAGUACAAGCGAAUCAUCAGGAGAAACAGACUCUUUCGGAAUGUUUAAGAACCCGAACAAAAACGCAACUCGAUUCCUAGAAAACAACAUGAUAUCAUCAGCAUCCAUAGGGUUCCCAGUGGAGCUAAGUUGGGAAGUUAUCACGGAGAUCACAGACCAGUUUAGUAGCGUAAUUCAUCUCGAUUCGAAUGAAGCUUUUCAAAUGUAUAGCGGGUAUCUCGGCAAUCGAUCUUCAGCGAUUUUCGUGAAGAGAUACAUUGGUGUUGGAUCUAAUUACGUUCUUAAAGCUGAAAAGAAGGCAGCUUUGACUAUGUGCCAUAAGAACAUUGUUGGGUUGGUUGGUUUCCACCAGAAUGAGACUGCAAUGGCUUUGGUGUUUCCUUAUGCUUCCAGAGGAUUCUGGACAAAAGAGUUGGAAGUUCCAUUUCCGGGUAAAAUGAACAUAGCGAUUGGAAUAGCUCAAGGUUUACGUUAUAUGCACGAACAGUGUCCUCGAGGACCUGUCGUUCAUGGCGAUUUACGACCAUGCAACAUUCUCUUGGGUCACAACUUACAACCUCAGAUCACAGGCUUUGGCCAUGCCAAAUGGCUAGAAUUUGAGGAAUCAUCUCCUACCUCCAGUAACAGUUGUGGGCACAAGCAUCCUUCGGAUCCAAAGUCAUUGGCAUUAAUGAAAUCGGACAUUCUCGCAUUCGGGUUAUUGCUGUUAAGGCUGUUUUGCAACAGAUCUGCUCCAAGAGAUGAUAAAAGUUUGAUUACAUGGGCAAGGCCUUUACUAGAACAAGGAGCAUAUCAUGUAUUAUAUGACGAGUCGGAAUAUGAUUUUCAUGGGUUAUUUGUGGUAACAUCUGCUGCUGCUCGAUGCAUCAGCAUCAGACCGAAAUCAAGGCCAUGUAUAAGCAAGGUUCUUUCGUUACUGAAGGGAGAGAUGUCGUGUGCCAAGCAAACAUUUCCAUCGACCGAGAGCAGCCCAAGCAUGGCGUUAACUCCGUUGGCUCUACGACAUAAGUCCAUUGAUGUAUAG